CGCUGCGACGGCAGGUUUAGCGGAAAUCGUCCACACAGUUGGGCCAGAGUCAAUUCGGAACGUGAUUUUCUAGCGCGGAAAUCGACAGUGUUGUGAUUAUUGGCAGAAAGUGCGAAAUCGAUGAAAAGCGGGAAAAAGGAUUCAACCGGGUGUUCCGGUCGGCACGGGGAAUAAUUCAUGUCCGCGCAUAUUAGGAUUUAUGCGAAAUUGCUGCCGGUGAUCCAUUAAGCCCCGAAGGCGAUAAAACCAGUUUUGUGCUCGGGGCGUUUCUUUAGUUGGUGAUAUAGCAGUACAAUGUUCAUCGUGCAUUCAAAGAGAGGAGAACAGCGAAACAUUGGUGCAACAUCCAGUUCCAUUGCUUGUUGGUGUUUUACAUUUUUUAGAGAGAUUAUCGGAUGCCACUAAAAACGUCGCUGCAUGAGUUGUGAAAUUAUUAGGAUUUAUUAUUGAGAAGCAGUGAUCUAUGGAUAUUGGAUUUAUGGCUCAUCGGAUUUAUGUUUGUUGACAUAAGUGGUGAAUCAUAAACUAAGCACCUGCAGUACAACCAACCCGCAGUACAAUUUUCCAUCGAGAAUCAACUGACAGAAAAAAAAACAAAAACAAAAAGAAGAAAAUGCUUCCCACUAUCAGAUCCAUCGAAACGUGCAAAUCCAAUUAAAUAGAAAACAGGAAAAUGCAGAGUGCAAUCAUCAGUAGUUUGUUUUUGCUAGCAAAUUUGCAUUUCAACCAUCAUAAAGCGACCGGCAUCAUCAACGGUGGAGGUGGAGGUGGAACAGGAGGCGGUGGCAGUUACCAGCACAGCAUCAUCAAAAAGUUCUCCCCUCAUCCAUAUUUUGACUUUGACGUGCCUCGAAAUAUCACAACCCGCGUGGGUCAGACAGCGUUCAUCAAUUGCCGCGUUGAACAGAUCGGAGAUAAAUGGGUUUCCUGGAUAAGAAAACGAGAUCUACACAUCCUGUCAGCGGGAAUGGUUGUUUACACCUCCGAUGAACGAUUUCAGGUGACACGUUCGGAGAAAUCGGAAAUCUGGACGAUGCAGAUUAAGUUCGCUCAGCAGCGGGACUCUGGCGCCUACGAGUGCCAAGUCAACACAGUGCCUAAGAUGUCGAUGACAUUCCAGUUAAACGUAGUAGAGGCGAAAGCCCUCAUCCUCGGACCAACCGACAUAUACGUAAAGAUAGGCAGCGCUGUGACGCUGACCUGUAUCAUCACCCAAGGACCUCACGAUUUGGGUACAAUCUAUUGGUAUCGAGGGACAAACAUCAUCAAACCCACGGAGACACAUCCCAACGAGACAUCGAUAGCAUAUCCGCCACGAAUAUCAGUAGAUCUCAAGUGGACCGAAGCUUUAACGUCGAGACUGAAAAUACUCGAUGCCAAGCUGUCAGAUUCGGGUAAUUACACGUGUAUGCCCACGUCUGCAGAAGCCAGCAGCGUGAUGGUGCACGUGCUAAACGAGGAAAAUCCCGCCGCAAUGCAACGAGGAGGUAGCAUUGCUCGACACAGUACAACCACCUGCCAGCUGUACUUGUGGGCUGUCCUGGUAGUUCUGUUCUCACGGUACUAUCGCCCUGAUUGGCAUUCGUAGCAGUAGCUGUAAACUGCUCCGGUUCGAGUUCUUCUCUAUGGGGGAGAGUAGCACUUAAGCCUCCGCACAGACCAACGACCGGACUAAAUUGUCUGUUGGAUGGCAUGUGCGGCCAAACCGGAGCCUCUGAAGCACACAAACGAAAAAAAAAGGAAAUCUGUGAACGAAAUCAAUUUUUGGGACGAUAUUUGGAGGAUGGAACGUUCGGUGCGAUCCUAGCAAGAGAAAUCGCCAAGAGGAGCUGGAGUCAUGUGAUUAGAACAAAAACGUAGGUAAAUUUGAAUAAGAUAAUCCUAGAUUAAACCGACUAGAUUCGAGCAACCAUUAAACAUAGAGACACAUCUGUACAUAGGAUUUAGACAUGUAAGGUAGAUUGAACACGAAAUGCAGCAUUGUUUUUUAUCUAUAAACUCAAAAAAAAAGCCACAAAAAAAUUAAAAAAUACGUUUAGACGUACGACGAACACAUUGAA